GCGCCCGGGAAGGCCCAGCCUGCCUUGGCCUGGCACGGCUGCACAGCCAGCGGGUCCGAACUAAGGCGGAAGGACUCUGAGGCCCAACCUCCGUCCAGGAUGGAGCUGCGUUCCGGGACGCUUCUCCUCCGUGUCCCGGGGACUGACUCUGCCCGGACGGUCUGAAGUGCGGCCGCCCUGGGGAGGGUGGACGGGCAGGGCGGGGCCGAGCCGCUGGCUGACCUUGGCAGGCUGCAUCUGGCGCGGCCGCCACCACGCGCAGGCAUUCAUCCUGAAGUCGUGGGCAAGUGGUACCUCUCUGGACCAAUAGUAUCCUCAUUUGGAGUCAAAGCUACCCCUACGACUAUUUGCAGCAAGCCUUACGAUGAUGAUUCCUCCUGCCUUAGGACUCUGGGCUGGGUGUGGUGGCACAUGCCUGUCAUCCUGGCCCUGAGGAGGAUCAGGUAGAUCAAGACCAGCUAUGGCUACAUAAUAUUUUCAAGUCAGCGAACAUUCACUGAGCAUCUACUGUAUACAAGAUGAACAUCUGCAACAAACCCUCCAACAAGACAGCCCCUGAGAAGAAUGUGUGGACAGCGCCCUCACAGGACAGUGGACCUUCCCCAGAACUGCAGGGCCAGCGGUCCCGACGAAAUGGAUGGAGCUGGCCCCCCCACCCACUCCAGAUUGUGGCCUGGCUGCUCUACCUCUUCUUCGCAGUGAUUGGCUUUGGGGUCCUUGUUCCCCUCCUGCCUCACCACUGGGUGCCUGCUGGCUAUGCUUGCAUGGGUGCCAUCUUUGCUGGCCACCUUGUGGUGCACCUGACUGCUGUCUCCAUCGAUCCAGCAGAUGCCAAUGUGCGGGACAAGAGCUAUUCUGGGCCCCUGCCUAUCUUCAACCGCAGCCAGCACGCACAUGUCAUUGAAGAUCUACACUGCAACCUGUGUGACGUGGAUGUGAGUGCGCGAUCCAAACACUGCAGCGCCUGCAAUAAAUGUGUAUGUGGCUUCGAUCAUCAUUGCAAGUGGCUUAACAACUGCGUGGGCGAGAGGAACUACCGGCUCUUUCUACACAGUGUGGCAUCUGCUUUACUGGGUGUUCUGCUCCUGGUGCUGGUGGCCACUUAUGUCUUCGUGGAGUUCUUUGUCAACCCCAUGCGCCUUCGUACCAACCAACACUUUGAAGUCUUGAAGAAUCACACAGACGUGUGGUUUGUGUUCUUGCCGGCUGCCCCUGUGGAGACCCAGGCUCCUGCCAUCCUGGCCCUGGCUGCCCUACUCAUCCUUCUGGGCCUGCUUUCUACAGCCCUGCUUGGCCACUUGCUCUGCUUCCACAUUUAUUUAAUGUGGCACAAGCUCACCACCUACGAAUACAUUGUGCAGCACCGACCAGCUCAGGAAGCAAAGGAGACCCACAAGGAGCUCGAGUCAUGUCCCCGCAAGAUGCGGUCCAUUCAGGAGAUGGAGUUCUACAUGAGGACCUUCAGCCAUGUGCGUCCAGAGCCCUCUGGGCAGGCCAGGCCAGCAGCAUUAAAUGCCAAGAAGGGAACCUCUAGCAGGAGGGACUCCGGGGCAGCAUCUAGAGUUUGCUCUCUGGCUUUUACCUCAGUCCUUCCCAGUUUCUUGCCACCCAAGGCCAAGUGGAACCACCACUGCCCUCCUCCUCAGACACACUGGCUCUGCCUCCACGGAUCCAACCCCAGUGGGGUCUGGAGACGCAGGCCACACUUCCUUUGUCUUUACAGGAAAAGAGGAAGCGGCGAGUAUUUAGAUUGCCCAGGUCUGGGACCAUGGACCGAGAGCUCCGGCUGCCCAAGCUACGUGGUGAGCACUGCUUUCUGCUUGGAUCCUAUUGGAUUAGUUCCAGGGUGGGAAAGGUUUUAAGACCCUAACUGCAGUCCUUGUCUCAACCUAAGUUUCCCUCUUGUGUGCAGAGACUGGGACUCCUAGCCGCCACUCUAGCUCUUCAUCGGAUUCCACCAGUGCCAGCCCAGCACAUGCUGGUUGCUCUGCAGACGCCUACUACUCGGCAUCAGCGGAAUCCAUGGAAGAGAUUCCAGUGGCCCAGACCCGCCUGGGCAGUGCUGCACUGGGUGCCCCAGGAGCCAAGGGCCAAGAGUCUAGGCUGGCUCUACAGGCACGUUCGCCUGCUGUUUUUGUGAGCCCAAGCAGUGGUGAGCCCGGAACACCUGGAGGCGGUGAAGAUGGCUUGCCUUAGUGGGGACUAGAGGCAGGAGGGCCUUGCAGGAACGUCUGACCACUCUAUGCAACACCCCAUAUUCGCCGCAAUGAGUGCACUUUAGCGACCUCAAGGCCGACAGGAUCAGCCUUCCUUACCCAAGACUCAGCAAUAUCUGCUCCACCAGCCCUGAUGACCCAAUAAACUUUUUUUUUUUUUUAUGCUUU